AACUUCUUCCUAACACUAUCGUUGCAUUCUAGCCGUUCGUUUCUAGAGGCAAGUAUGAGAGGUGCAACGCUCGUUUUGGGCCUUGUGGCCUGUGCUGCAGCCUUACAGUACCCCCAGAGCUUGAAUUACGGACGUCAAGGUCUUGGCUACGAUGACGACCUCUUAGGAGGCAUAUACAACCGUUUGCACGGGCCCUACAGUACCCAGUUCUACCAGAAGAGGUUUGGUCAAGGGUACUCAGGUCAGGACUACCAGAAGGCCAGCAUCUAUGAUCAAUUGGCGGACUCGGAGGAAUACAGACCAAUCAGCAACCCAAACGAUGAUCAGAACCAAAACCAGAGGCUUUACGGAGCGAACAAAGGUCUAUACGAUAAGUAUUCCAGCAGUAUCUACAACAAGUACCUGAACAAGUUCUACAACUACCUGAAUAAACGGCAAGAGCAGUACAACACUGGUGUUGAAGAAGAUGAACAAGAACCAGUCAAAAAUGUUAACAGUGAGCUAACGAAAAAACAACAACACGUCUACCAACUGGUUAGAUUUAUCAACAACCCUGUAUACGACAAAGAAUUUCUGAAGGUGUACAGCACGUUCAGCUUGGAGAAAUAUGCAGACAAUUACAAGACUGAAGCUUACGAAAGAUUCAUCCAUCUUUGGAGGAACCAAGCCUACCUUCCCAAAGGUUCAAUCUUUUCAGUGAUGAACGACGAACACGUUAAGCAAGUCCAAGCACUGUUCGACCUCUUCUACACCGCUAAAGACUACGAAACCUUCUACAAGACAGCUGUAUGGGCUCGCCAACACGUCAACGAAGGAAUGUUCUUGUAUACCUACUCUGUGGCCCUCGUACACAGGACAGACACUCAAGGACUGGCCCUUCCAGCCAUCUACGAACUCAACCCUCAGUAUUUCUUCAACUCUGAGGUCAUACAGAAGGCUUACAAGCACAAGAUGAGCCACUUUGGCGGUCUCAACACUGGCAAAUCAGGAAUCUACACCAUCCGAACUGACUACUCCGGUAACUACCUGAACCUCAACCCUGAGCAGAGCCUUUCUUAUUUUACUGAAGAUGUUGGCAUCAAUGCUUUCUACUACUACUACAACCUGUAUUUCCCCUACUGGAUGGACUCUGACAAGUACCAACUGGACGAGAACCGUGGAGAGCUCUUCUACUACGUGCACCAACAGCUUUUGGCCAGGUACUACUUGGAGCGCCUCUCACAUGGUAUUGGAGGUUUCGACUUCUUCAACUGGGAUGUUCCUUUUGAGACUGGGUACUACCCAUCGCUGACCUACCCCAACGGUUUGGCUUUCAACGAGAGGCCUAACUUUGCGAACCUCCAAGAGUACUUCCAUAACUAUGGACACCGAUGGUGCUUUGUUGGUAAAUACGGAUAUGGAUACACUUAUGUCAACACCUACGAACAAAGGAUUAGAGAAGCUAUUGAUCUUGGCUACGCUUACUCUCAAGAUGGUCAAAGAGUAGAUCUCUACAAUCCCAAAGGGUUGAACAUCUUAGCAAACAUAAUCGAAGGCAAUGCAGACUCCCCUAACUACAGAUACUACGGUAGCUACGUCAACUUUGCACGACACCUCCUUGGUUACUCCAAACAACCCUUGGACAACUUCUCCUUGGCUCCAUCAGUCCUGGAACACUUCGAGACCUCUAUGAGGGACCCAGCGUUCUACAAGCUCGCCAAGAAGAUGUUGCUCCUAUUCCAGAAGUACAAGGUCAACCUCCCUGAAUACACCGAGAAAGACUUGUACUACCCUGGAGUAAAAGUUGAUAGGUUGGAAGUAGAACCUUUGGUCACCUUCUACGAGCAGUUCCACACAGAUAUCACUAAUGGUCUUACUGUAACACCUGAUGAAUACGAGUCUGAUUCCACCUUCAGAGUGCAAGUUGAGCAGUACCGUUUGAACCACAAGAACUUCAACUACAAGGUUUAUGUCGACUCUGAGUUAGAGGCCAAAGCUAAUGUGAGGGUGUUCAUCGGACCUAAAUUUGAUGAGCAUGGACGUACCAUCGACUUCUUGGAGAACCGCAACAACUUUGUGGAGCUUGAUCAGUUCGUUUACAACCUAAAGUCAGGAGAGAAUGUUAUUGUAAGGAACUCUAGGGACUUCUUGUGGUUUGGAGGUGAUAAGACUAGCUACUUGGACUUGUACAAACAAGCUAUGACUGGAGACUUCCAGAAAGUCUAUAAGGUGGAUGACUUCAUGAAUGGUUUCCCUAGAAGAUACAUGUUGCCUAGAGGUUCAGCAGAAGGUACCACAUACCAAAUUUACGUAAUCGUAUCCCCUUACAAGCCACAACAAAGCGAACAAACCCAAAAGUACUACCAAACCAGAUACAACCAAGAGACUGUCUUCACUGCCAAACAGGUUGACAAUGAGGAUGCCUAUGAUAAGAUGGAGCAAUACAAGAUGGUCAGGAUCGAUAGCUAUCCUCUGGGAUAUCCCUUCGACCGUCCUGCCGAAUUUCAACAGACCUAUUUUGUGCCAAACGCUAAAAUGAUCGACGUGAAGGUGUACCACCAGGUUCUCAGAAGAGGCAUUUUUGAGACUGAAGGUGAUUUUGAAGAAAAACCCAAAUAUUUCAUGUAAUUUUUUAUAAAAUAUGGACUGAAUGAUAGAUCAAUAUAAUUAUGAUUUUUA